AUGGACCGGUUGGACCAACUGGCCUGCCCAUUGGACCAACUGGCCUGUUGGUCCAGUGGACCGAUUGGACCAGCUGGCCUGCUGGUCCAAUGGACCGGUUGGACCAACUGGCCUGCUGGUCCAAUGGACCGGUUGGACGAACUGGCCUGUUGGUCCAAUGGACCGGUUGGACGAACUGGCCUGUUGGUCCAAUGGACCGGUUGGACCAACUGGCCUGUUGGUCCCGUGGACAAGUUGGACGAACUUGCCUGUUGGUACAAUGGACCGCCGGAGUACGGCGGCGAGCGGGAGCACGGUGACGAGCAGGAAGACGGCGACCCGCAGCAGGAGGGCGACGAUCUAGCGCCACCAGGGCCCCACGUACCAAGCGGAGCCGUGGAGGGAGAGCGCGCGCCCAGCGCGGAACACACCGACACCGCAGCAGCAGCAGAAGAAGAAGAGGGAGAGGCGCGAGAGGAGGGGGCACGGGCCGCGGACUCCGAGCGUCUAGAAAGGCGAUACGCCCCCGACCCGCUGCAGCAGGAAGUCCGGACUCGCGAGGGAGGGGCCCGCACGAUGCAGUCGCGGGGAAUGCGCGGACGAAGCGGUGCAGAGGACAGGCGCACGACAGGAAUUCCGAGUCGGCGAGCGGAGACGAGGGACGGAAGCUCGCGCUCGCCCAGAGAACCGCCGCCGAGGGCCGAUCGGGAGGAAAGUGGGGAGGAGUGGAGGAGAAUGUGGUUCGCUCGGCGGCACCACCGCGCGCACCUGGAGGAAGCCGUGGGAGAGAGCAUCGCUCGCCAGAGACGCAGCGGCACUGGGAGGGGCGAGGGGAAGAAGGAUCACACACACCGCACGAGCGGCAGCAGUGUGGGGCAGGACACAGAGGGGUGUCGCGGUCGCCCGACCGGCGCCGUUGGCGAGAAGGAAGGCGGGAGGAAGCAGACCGCACGCAGCCAGGCACACGGCAGCAGGGCAAGGGCAGGGAGGAAUGGUCGCCAACCCCAGCGAGACGUCAGCCGCGUGAAGCCGGCCACAGGGAAUGGGAGCAGAGUCAUUAUUCGCCGGCGCGGCGAUGGGAGCGGGCGGAAAGGGAAGAGGGUCAGUGGGGCCAGUCAAGGGAGACGCGCGGAGAGCAGCUGGAGAGCAGGGCCAAGACAGGCAGCUUGGCGCAAGGGGCUGAGCGGGCACGAAUGGCCAGAGAAGGCCUAG